AUGAACGGCUCGGGCGGCCCUGAGGCCGAGGACGUGAGCGAGAUGGGUGGCGGGGGCAGCUGGCAGCCCGAGGCGGUCAUUGUGCCCAUGCUGUUCGCGCUCAUCUUUCUCGUGGGCACCGCGGGCAACACACUGGUGCUGGCCGUGCUGCUGCGCGGCGGCCCGGCUGCCAGCACCACCAACCUGUUCAUCCUCAACCUGGGCGUGGCCGACCUGUGUUUCAUCUUGUGCUGUGUGCCCUUCCAAGCCACCAUCUACACCCUGGACGGCUGGGUGUUCGGCUGGCUGCUCUGCAAGGCCGUGCACUUCCUCAUCUUCCUCACCAUGCAUGCCAGCAGCUUCACGCUGGCUGCCGUCUCCCUGGACAGGUACCUGGCUAUCCGCUACCCGCUACACUCCCGAGAGCUGCGUACGCCUCGAAACGCGCUGGCGGCCAUCGGGCUUAUCUGGGGUCUGUCGCUGCUGUUCUCUGGGCCCUACCUAAGUUACUAUCGCCAGUCGAGGUUGGCCAACUUGACCGUGUGUCACCCGGCGUGGAGCGCGCCCCGUCGCCGCGCCAUGGACAUCUGUACCUUUGUCUUCAGCUAUCUGCUGCCUGUGCUGGUGCUCUGCCUGACCUACGCGCGCACUCUGCGCUACCUUUGGUGCGCGGUCGACCCGGUGGCCGCUGGCUCAGGCGCCCGGAGCUCGAAGCGCAAGGUGACGCGCAUGAUCAUCAUCGUGGCAACACUCUUCUGCCUCUGUUGGAUGCCUCACCAUGUGCUUAUCCUCUGCGUCUGGUUUGGCCACUUUCCACUUACGCGCGCCACCUACGCGCUGCGCAUCCUCUCCCACCUGGUCUCUUACGCUAACUCGUGCGUCAACCCCAUCGUUUACGCGCUGGUCUCCAAACACUUCCGAAAGGGCUUCUGCAAGAUUUGCGCGGGCCUGCUGCCCCGCGCCCCACGCAGAACCUCAGGCCGCGUGUGCAUCGCUGCGCAGGGCACCCGUAGCCGCAGCGCGCUGGAGCGUGAGUCCACUGACUUGACGCACGUGAGCGAGGCUGCGGGGCUCUCCCGCCCUGCGCCUCCCAGCGGCCCCGCUUCGCGGAGGCCGGGGCCCCUCCUGGAGUGA